UUUCUUUUUUUGUGAAAUCUUUGUCUGGUUUUGGUAUCAGGGUGAUGGUGGCCUCAUAGAAUGAGUUUGGGUAUGUUCCUUCCUCUGCAAUUUUUUAAGAUUUUUAAUCAUAGAUGUACAGCUAGUUAUUUUCAAAUAAACCCUUUUGGGUAUUUUUUUAAGUUGGAAUAUUCAGAGAUGCUUUCUUCUUUUUUUGUGGUAAAAUAUACAUAACAUAAAAUUUACCAUUUUAGCCAUUUUAUUUAUUUGUUUGUUUAUUUAUUUAAAAAUUUUAGCUGUGUUGGGUCGUCGUUGCUGUGCGAGGGCUUUCUCUAGUUGUGGCGAGCAGGGGCUACUCUUCAUUGCGGUGCGUGGGCUUCUCAUUGUGGUGGCUUCUCUUGUUGCGGAGCAUGGGCUGUAGAUGUGUGGGCUUCAGUAGUUGUGGUGCACAGGCUCAGUAGUUGUGGUGUGCGGGCUCAGUAAUUGUGGCUCACGGGCUCUAGAGCACAGAUUCAGUAGUUGUGGCACACGGGUUUAGUUGUUCUGCGGUCUGUGGGAUCUUCUUGGACCAGGACUUGAGCCCAUGUCCCCUGCAUUGGUGGGCGGAUUCUCAACCAUUGCACCACCGGGGAAGCCCUUUAGCCAUUUUAAGUACAGUUCUGUGGCAUUGAGCACAUUCACUUUGUUGUAUAACCAUCACCACCGUUUUUCCCCAGAACUUUUUCAUCUUCCUCAACUGAAACUCUGUAUCUUAUGGUCUUUUGAUAGAAAAAACUAUCAAUUUAAAUUCCAGUCCACAUGGCAUUUCUUAAAGUUUGUAAAAGAUUUCACACUAGAUAGAAGUUUAUAUUUCUUAAACGGAGUUUAGAAGAGUGAGAUUAAUUCAGCUUCUUUAAAAUUUUUGUGGAAACUGGGAGAUCUUUCUUGGAGUAAUAUGCUACAUAUAUAUUUGCCCAUAUUCUUUCUUAAAUCGUUUUUAAGCUUUAAAAGUUUCCUUUUAUUUUCUUCUCCUUAAAAAAUUGACUCAUGCACACAUCUUCCUUUUGAGCCUGCUUUUAUAAAAGAGAAUCCUCAGCAUCUCUUCCUUGGUAACAUCAUUGACUUUGUAAAAUGGAAUUUUUUUUAAUAUUGUUAGUUGUUUUUAUAGGGCUUGUUUUUCUUGGAACAUACCGUAAAACCAAAAUAUUUUGAAUGUUACUCAUUGACAGAGAGCAGUGAGAGUCAAGAGUUUGCAUGAUAACUUUAACCAGAUUGCUAAUACUAAAGCUCAAUAAAAGAAAAAGAUUUUUUAUUUAUAAUUACUGCCAUUUCAAAGUAUUUUUUAAAGCAGUUCCAUACAUAGAAACAAUAACAUGUACAAACUGCACUAACACAGACCAAUGGUGUCCUAUUGCAUUUGAGGAAAUAUAGAGAAAGAUCAGGCAGUUUUUAUUUUUUAAUAGCUUAAUUAUUACCAUACUGUACUCUAGUAAAUUUUGUGAUUGUAAGAUGGAAAUGCAAACAGCAGUCCUUUUUCUGUUUAUGACCGGUAUUGUGCAAUAAUAUCCCUUGUUUUUAAAAGCAGGAAAAAAACGCAUUGGGAGGAUUUUUCGUUUGCUUCAUUUAAAAUGCUCUCUAAAAGAAAUCCCUUUCAAUUAGGAAAAAAACACAAAUGACUCAUUAAAUCUCCAUUUAAUAAAAGAUAUCUUUUUUCUGAAUGAAACUAAAAAUUUAAAAAGUGUCAAGAGCCGUUUGUGUUUAAUAUUUAGGUAGUUUGUUUUUAUGGAGAGGAUGCAAGUAAGACUUACUUUUGGCUUUCUAGUUUUUAAUUCCUAUUCCUAAAAUUUUGGCUUAAUGUGUUUUUGGUUGAUGCAUGACCAGGUUCAUCUUCAUGAGUGUUUAUUUCAAUGUUGGCAUUGCUUCCUUUUGCUAAGUCAGCUUGUCAUUGGAGCCAAUUCUCUGAAUGAUUGUUUAUUUUUAGUGGAAGAAAGUAAUAAAUAUGGCAAUCACUGAUUAAAACAGAAACUCACCUUUUAUUUGGAAGUAUAAUACAAGAGUUCUUUGAAAUUUGGUAGUGUAACUGAAAAGAACUGACUCAUCUUUUUAGUACUUAUUAUUCUAUGUAGUGCAGUAUUGUGAAUUAUCACAAAGAUAGUUUUAACUUAAUUUUAUUUAACAUUUAAUAGCAAUCAGGACAGCAGUAUUUCUCAGUCAUUUCUCAGUCAUUUCCUGUUUACUGUUUUCCAUAGUCAUUAAAAUCUUGUCUCUUAUAAAACACAGUAAAGAAAUUAUGAAAACAUUUUUGGCAGAGCAUCUGUUUUUCCUGUACUGCAGAGUUUUUUUCUUUUCUUUAAAGGUCUAGUGUUGAUGCCCUCACAAAGCCAUACAUGGCUGUGCCAGAGACUUCAUCUUAGACUUUUACUUCUGAGUCUUUUGAUGAACACAACUUUUUUUUUUUUUUUGGCUGUGUCGGGUCUUAGUUGGAGCACGUGGGAUCUUUUCAUUAGGGCGUGCAGGCUCUUCCUUGCCGCGCACAGGCUUCUGUCUAGUUGUGACGGGUGGGCUCAGUAGUUGCAGCGCGCAGGCUUAGUUGCCCUGCAGCAUGUGGGAUCUUAGUUCCCCAACCAGGGAUCGAACCCGCGUCCCCCUGCAUUGGAAGGCGCAUUCUUAACCACUGGAGCACCAGGGAAGUCCCUGAACACAACUAUUAUUAAUAUAAAUUACUGCUCAAGUUUUUGGGACUCCAGGAGUUAUUUUAUGUUUAUGUUCAGUGCAUAAAUCCCUGUUUUAAGGAGGUUUGUUAAAUAUUAAUUAGGUUAUUAUGGAAGGAUACACAAUUUUUUUGUCAUAUGGAUCUUAAAAAAUGUCAUUUUCAUAUGCCUCAGAGAGCUGAACUGUCUGAUCAGAUGGGGAAUCAGUUGACCUUGAAAGCCUUUUUCUCCCUGGCAGGAAUGCCUGGCUAAAUACAUAAGGGCCCAGCAUAAGCUGGUGGAUCCUGGACAAUGGAUGACCAGCCUGCAUCCGAAUCCUGUGUUUUAUGAUUGUGCUAAAGUGCUCCUGUGUAGCCUAGCUGAAUAUUCUUGGAAACCAAAUGAUAAGGAACUGACAUCACUCCUGAAAAAAUUGCUCUCCCAUAGGAAUAACCUGGUGUCCAAAGUAAGCAUGCUUUCUUGGAAAACUGAAUUGUCAUGGAUGAUGAUGAUGACUCGUGUCUCCUUGAUCUUAUUGGAGACCCACAGGCAUUGAACUAUUUUCUACAUGGACCUAGUAAUAAAUCGAGCAAUGAGGACUUGACUAAUGCAGGAUAUUCUGCAGCCAAUUCAAAUUCAAUUUUCGCCAACUCUAGUAAUGCUGAUCCUAAGUCAUCCCUCAAAGCUGUAAGCAGCCAGCUUGGAGAAGGGCCCAGUGAUGGACUGCCACUUUCAAGUAGCCUUCAGUUUCUUGAAGAUGAACUUGAGUCUUCUCCUCUUCCUGAUCUCAGUGAGGACCAACCUUUCGACAUUCUUCAGAAAUCCUUGCAGGAGGCCAAUAUCACUGAACAGACAUUGGCAGAAGAGGCAUAUCUGGACGCCAGUAUAGGUUCAAGCCAACAGUUUGCACAAGCUCAGCUUCAUCCCUCUUCAUCAGCAUCCUUUACUCAGGCUUCUAAUAUUUCUAAUUACUCAGGUCAGACGCUACAGCCUAUAGGGGUGACUCAUGUGCCUGUUGGCACAUCGUUUGCAAGCAAUACAGUGGGUGUGCACCAUGGCUUUAUGCACCACGUGGGGAUCAGUGUGCCCAGCCAGCAUUUGUCUAAUAACAGUCAGAUUAGUGGUUCUGGUCAAAUACAGUUAAUUGGGUCAUUUGGUAGUCAACCUUCCAUGAUGACUAUUAAUAACCUAGAUGGAUCUCAAAUCAUAUUAAAGGGUAGUGGGCAACAAGCCCCAUCAGAUGUGAGUGGAGGGCUUCUGGUCCACAGACAGACUCCUAAUGGCAGCUCCUUGUUUGGGAGCUCCAGUUCCAGCCCAGCAGCACAGCCUGUUACCGUUCCAUUUAAUAGCACAAAUUUCCAAACAUCUUUACCUGUGCAUAACAUCAUCAUACAAAGGGGUCUUGCACCAAAUUCAAAUAAAGUCCCAAUUAAUAUCCAGCCAAAGCCUAUCCAAAUGGGUCAGCAAAACACAUACAAUGUGAACAAUUUGGGAAUACAGCAGCACCAUGUUCAGCCAGGGAUCUCGUUCGCCUCUGCGAGCUCACCCCAGGGCUCAGUGGUUGGUCCGCACAUGUCGGUGAACAUUGUAAACCAACAGAACACAAGGAAGCCAGUCACCUCGCAGGCCGUGAGCAGCGCUGGGGGCAGUAUCGUUAUUCAUUCUCCCAUGGGCCAGCCUCACACACCCCAGAGUCAGUUCCUCAUACCUACAAGCCUUUCCGUCAGUUCCAACUCGGUACACCACGUCCAGACCAUAAAUGGGCAACUUCUUCAGACUCAACCCUCUCAGCUCAUUUCUGGCCAAGUGACCUCAGAGCAUGUCAUGUUGAACAGAAACUCUUCCAGCAUGCUCAGGACCAACCAACCAUAUUCUGGACAGAUGCUGAACAACCAGAAUACUGCCGUCCAGUUAGUGUCUGGGCAGACGUUCGCCGCCUCUGGAAGUCCAGUGAUAGUCAAUCAUGCCUCUCCUCAGAUCGUUGGUGGGCAGAUGCCCUUGCAGCAGGCAUCGCCAACCGUCUUGCACCUGUCCCCUGGGCAGAGCAGCGUCUCCCAAGGAAGACCUGGCUUCGCCGCCAUGCCCUCGGUGACAAGCAUGUCAGGACCUAGUCGGUUCCCUGUUGUCAGCUCAUCCAGCACUGCCCAUCCUAGUCUUGGGGCUGCAGUUCAGUCUGGUGCAUCAGGAUCAAACUUUACGGGAGAUCAGCUGACCCAGCCAAACAGGACUCCAGUACCGGUCAGUGUGUCUCAUCGUCUUCCAGUUCCUUCUUCCAAAUCUACUAGCACCUUCAAUAACACACCUGGAGCAGGAAGCCAGCAACAGUUCUUCUGUCAGGCUCAAAAAAAAAGUUUGAAUCAGACUUCCCCCAUUUCUGCUUCCAAGACUGCAGAUGGCCUGAGACAAGCGCCCAUCCCAGGCCUCUUGAGCACAGCACUGCCAGGACAGGAUUCUGGAAGCAAAGCUAUACCGGUGUCCUUAGGAACCACACAACCACAGCAGGAAAAAGUCGUUGGAUCAUCUCCUGGCCAGCCAGUUGUGCAGGUGGACAGUCAUUCGGGAGGACAAAAGAGGCCUGCUGCAAAACAGCUAACUAAAGGAGCUUUCAUUCUCCAGCAGUUACAGAGGGACCAAACCCACACGGUGACACCUGAUAAAAGUCAGUUCCGAUCACUCAGUGACGCAGUGCAAAGGCUGCUCUCCUACCAUGUGUGCCAGGGCUCCAUGCCCACGGAGGAAGACCUGAAGAAAGUUGACAAUGAAUUUGAAACAGUUGCCACUCAGCUCCUAAAAAGGACCCAAGCUAUGCUUAACAAGUACAGAUGCCUGCUCCUGGAAGAUGCCAUGCGGAUCAAUCCCUCCGCUGAGAUGGUGAUGAUCGACAGAAUGUUCAACCAAGAGGAAAGAGCUUCUCUGUCCCGGGACAAGCGUCUGGCACUUGUAGACCCCGAGGGCUUUCAGGCUGAUUUCUGUUGUUCCUUCAAACUUGAUAAAGCUGCUCAUGAGACGCAGUUUGGCAGGAGUGACCAGCACGGCAGUAAAACAGCCAGUUCCGUGCAUCUGACGGCCAAGGCCCAGAGCAGAGACAGAGCCAAAGCAGGCGCGGCAGAACCCACGAAUCAUGACCAGUUUCAUCUAGUGCCUAAUCACAUCGUGGUCUCUGCAGAAGGAAACAUUGCUAAAAAAACCGAAUGCCUCGGCAGAGCACUGAAAUUUGACAAAAUGGGCUCAGUUCAGUACCGGAGUGCGUCUGAAGAGAAAACCAGCCGGAAGGACUCCGUGAAAGGCAGUGAGUGCUCUCCCGGCCCUGAAGGGCACCGGAAGAACUCGUCCAGACCAGAUCACGGUCCUGAGAGCAAACUCUCAAGCCUCCUAGUAGAUUCGCACCUGGAGAUGACGUGUAAUAGCUCCUUCCAGGACAAGACUCUGCGGAAUUCUCCAAAGAAUGAAGUUUUACACACAGACAUCAUGAAAGGGUCAGCCGAGCCCCAGCCUGAUCUCCAGCUCACUAAGAGUUUAGAAACAACGUUUAAGAACAUCUUGGAACUCAAAAAGGCGGGGCGGCAGCCCCAGAGUGACCCCACGGUUAGCGGCUCUGUUGAGUUAGAUUUCCCCAACUUUUCUCCAAUGGCUUCGCAGGAAAACUGCCUGGAAAAGUUCAUCCCGGACCACAGUGAAGGCAUUGUAGAAACUGACUCCAUUUUAGAAGCAGCUGUAAAUAGUAUCCUAGAGUGUUAAUAGCCGCAGUCCUCCCCCACCUGCCCCUGAGACCCUGCCCCGGACAAGUUACAUUCUUUCCUGGCAAAAGCAAUGGAAAUGGUCUCCUGUCUCCAGCCUGCUUGAUCUUUCAUCACAGCUUAUUCUUUCUAAUCUCAAUCCCAUUCUUUGUUUAAGAGCAAUACUCGUCGUGGUUACAGGGAGAUCCUUCAGUAAAACUGAUCCUUGUUAGAAAGCAGUCUGAUGGGCCCUACACAUUUCAAGUGUUUUGAAAGUGCUUAUAGUCAUUUUUUCGUUUGUUUUUGUUUAUCUGUUUUAUUUUUUUUAAACACUGUAACUCAAUGAGAUCACAGUACACUAGGCCCUGGGUAAAAUUCUGACAAUCAUAAGUCAUUUGAAAAGAACAGACUUAUUAAAGAAAAUCAAACAGGACUGAUAGAAGAUACCUUUUAAAGAAAUCCCACUGCAUCUCCAAAUUUUGGCUUUGGGGGGGGGUCUUGGGGUGUCAUGGGCCGGGAGACCACAUGGCUCUCCCCUUGGCCGCCUCCGAGCAGUUAGUCCUGGCUGCUCUGCCAGGACCCACGGCCCUGGCGUGAGCACCUGUAGCGCACAAGCAGGGCUUCCUGUUCAUCGUUCAAGUGCUUUUCUGAUGCUCCCGGAGCAAAACCUCACCUCUUCAGCAUAUCCGCGUUGAGUUUCAUCUAGGGAAUACUUUGUUUUGAGUUGCGACAGCACGACUUGAGAUAAUCUCACCAGGCGAAAUAAAAGAAAAUGGAAACCAGUUAAGUGGCACAGUGUACAGGGGAGGCCGGGAUAGAGCCAUGAGGAUUAUAAUAUGUAUAUAUGUAAAAGCAUAUAUAUGUUAACUAUUGAGAAAAAACAAGGGUUUUGCGUUCUAUAAUUGGAUCUAGGCAGCAUACAAUGUAUGUUUUUGUUGGUUGCUGGGUUUUGUUGCAUUUAACCUCUCUUUGCACCCCUCCCACAACAAAUAGGCAAGCGUCAAAAGUAUUUUCGUUUGAAAACUAUGUUGUAAUUUUUCAGUUUAAACGUUAAGGGGACUUUGGCCUUGUUUCUGCUUCUUGUUGUCUGAGAACAGUAGUCACCCCUGGCAGCAAUCAUUACCAAAACACAGACAAACCAAAGGUAACCAGCCAGCCCACCACUGAGAGGAAAGAUCUGAGACCCGGGAUUCCCACUUGAGAGCCAAAGGACAUUCCCUGCCAUAGUUUGUGUUUGGCCCACGUUCAUGUUCGUGAACGUGAUUUAUUGCUUUAUUUAUUUAUAUUUCUUUUCAGGGAGCUUUCCCCAGUUUCCUUUCUUGUAUACCUGCCCCAGGUCAUCCCGUUUCUGUUGACACUUUCAUUCUCAAUGUCAUUGUAACCAUCAGUAUCUCCUAGCAUUGGGAAAGCUACAUAUGGUAUUUUGUAUGUACCCUCUUACAUACCUGUGUGCGCGCGUGUGUCUGGGCUGUUCAGAUCCAGGGGUCAUUUUGGCGACAGUGUGUACACGCUCACCCUCCCUGUUAUGUGCACGGGCUCUCAUUUAUUCUGUCCAUCUCUCUGGCUUUAGAGGCGCAACCCACGCUGCGCCACUCUAACAUGUUGCCAAGAUCCGCUUCUGGCCAUCCCCAGAAUGGGGAUGGCCCCCCUGUCGUCAUGUUGGGCAUUUCUCUUCCAGGUUGGCCUGCAAUGGAAAGGAAGGCUUCUGAUUACUAGAAAACACAGUAACAGAAGACCUAGACUCUCCCUGCUCCUUAGUCCCCCAAACAAAGAAACCCUGUGAGACAGCCAGUCUUCACAAAAGCAAAAUACCUUCUCCCCACUCCCACCCCUGAGCCAAUAGAAAUUGGAAAAUCUGGGCCAUUUUACGGUGACCAUGUUUUCCUUAUUUGUGCCAAUGUCCAAGUUGCAGAUUUCCCCUUCUUCCUGUAUUGUAACAUAUUAGAAAGAUAAGUUGGUAUUGCCAGUUGGAACUUUCUGUUUGGGUAGCCCUGGGGUAACACCCUGCCCUGAACCCCAUGAUUUCAUAGGCUCUUCUCUUAGGGCUCAUGCUCCCCUAAUUCCUAGCAAGACUUAAAGAUGGUCCCUCCUGAUCAAAUUCUUCUCAUUGUGGAAAUUUAUACGUAGAAGCCUUCACGGAGGCUACUAAUGAGUUACAGUAAUUACUGAAUCAGUGGAAUGCUUAAGAGACAAGAUAAGCUCCAUGUACGUUUGUCACCUCUCUUUCUUCCCUACCCUGCCCUGCUACCCCAGUCCCAACUUUUCGAUAUACCAUCCUAAAGGGUUUUUUAAGCCUUGACACUUGUCUAGAAAACGGAGAGCCUAAUUUACCAAAAUGAAACUUGUAAAUUUUUGUGUCCUUGUAUGUAAGUUUACUUUUUAUGGAGGAAAGAUUCUAGAUAAUGACAAAUGACGAUUAUGAAAUGUAUUUUACUCCUGUGAUUAGGUCAUAACUCGCAUGUCGAGGCCCCUCUGGUGGAGGGUGAGAGCUCAGCCUCGGAUGGCCAACAUUCAGUUGUUCAGAUUCAUUAGUCAAAGUUAAGUUUUAGAGCUACUCAUACUCAGUAACAAAAAUCAUUUUCUUUUCUUUUUUUUUUUUUUUUCCUGUUGUGGAAAAGUGUGAAUUUGUUAUUAAGCAUUUGAUUUUCUGUGUCCUUAAGUACUGCCUAAAGACAAAGCAAAUUUUAAACUGGCAAUUACGAAAAAGAACUAUUUUAGCGCUGAAGAAUUUAGCAGACUUUGUUAGAUUAGGGAGGCCUUACAGACUGACUUGACUUAAAGAGGACGCGUCACUCACUGUCAGUGUGGUGUGGGCUUUAUUUGCUUAAAUACCUUCAUUUGUAUAGUAUGUCUCACUUGAAAUUGCUUUGUAUACAUUUUGUAAAAAUAUUUAUAAAAUGUUUUGUAAAAAAAAAGUAUAACAAAUUGCAGUUUAUUUUGUUAUGUUGGAUAAAUACUGUUAAAAGAAACCAGUCAGUAACUAUAUUGUUAAUCCAUGGUUAGGAAAUGUUUAGUUGGAGAUUACAAAAUGAAACAACCAUUGCAAUACAGCCAAAGAUUUGGGAAAAUGUGCAACUGUGAUUGUCUUGAUUUUGCAAAGAGGAAUGGCUGCUUUUCCCAGAAGAAAAGGGAACGAGAAGGCUAAGGGAUAGGUAAGAAAUGAAAAAAGUAAAAAACUAUUUUACAUAAAACUUAUUCCAGAAUUAACAUGUUUCUCUUUGGAUUCACACGUUUGACCAAAUUGUAACCUUAUCUGUAAAAUCAGCCCCACUGAGCCCGUUUGAGUUCCUGCCCUCACCAGUGUGACUCUACCCAAAUUGUUAGGGAAACUAACAGAGGGGUAACUUCCUGGGGUAAGGGUAUAAGACUCCUUAAGUGUUCCUUCGGGGCCUAGAAUUUAUACUUAGACUCCCUACUUUAUUUUAUUUUUAUUUUUUAUUUUUUAUUUUUUUAGACUCCCUACUUUAUGGUUUAAUUGCUCUCCACUACCACCAAUAAGGUAGUAGCAGUCAGGAUAUCAAGAUUCUUCAGUAAUCGAUACAUAAAGUGGAAGUUGUCCUCAUAUAACUAACAGAAGUUAGAAUAAUUAUGGCUAGAAUAAUUACAUCAGUGGAUGGAUCCCUUAAUGUCUUUUACAGUGGUGUCCUGCUGUCAAGCUUCUCUCCUUGCUAAGGACAAAUGUGUGUCCAACAUGACACACAUUUGUCUUGCCCCUCUUCAGGCCAUUUGCAAUGGGUGUGCCCCAUGAAUAAAGAGUUAGAAGGAUCAUCUGACUGCUCGAUCAGGAUCAGAGUCUGUGUGUUCCGCAGAGGCACGCCCAGAGGAAAGACCAGGCACCUUCUCCUAGGAUGGUUAAAGCCCUCAGGCCUGUGUACAGGAGGCCAUGUCCCAGGAGAGGGGCCCUAGCACUGCCUGGUGUGGAGAGAGUAGCCAGGGUUUUACUGGGGGGAAAGGAAUGGGAAAAGAAAGAAACUCCAGUGUCUGGGGGCACUGAAACAGCAUUGCUCAGGCAGGACUCGAGCUCUGCUGUCCUCAGGAGGGCUGAGCCCUGGAUCUGGGCUCUGGCUCUGCUUCAGCCUUUGUGCUCUGAGACGGAGGAUUCCUGGGUGUCUGGCAUUAAGCACUGAACUAUUGAGCACUUUACAGGCGCUGUGCUAGACACUAGGAGUCUACAGAUCAUUCAGGUAUGAUUUCUACUCUCAGCUCAGUCUAGAGAGGAAACAAGCACAUAACUAACUACAUUUCAAGAGAGAAGAAACGGGGGCUAAAAUUCUUCCAGAUUGCCAGUUGGUAGAGAGCUGUGGCCUCUAUUCCCGUGCCCCGCUUAGUUCCAUGGUUCUUAGUGAAAUUUCCUGAGGUAUGUUUGAGAAAAAAAGUAUGACACUUUUCACAGGAAUGAAGAUAGAGGAAUUUUAUAGUGUUAACUACGUGGAGAAAACUGGUUCAGCAGACACACAAAUUGUAGAAGCACAUUUGCAGUAUAAAGUGGAUUCUGUAAUGUAAACAGCCUGUAUGUACACCGCUGCAGGUGUGUAUGAGUCCCUCAUCUAUAUUCCUUUUAGGCAUGUGCUGGAGCCUGGCCUUUGAAAGCACUUUCAAAGGUGAGAUCCUUAGGGAAAAAUCGUGUCUGUGAAGGUCAAGGAAAGCAGUACAAUGGGGGGUGGGAGGCGGGCAGGUGCAGAAGGUGCCCUUGGCAGCAGAAUCUGGAAACAGGUCCCAGGACUUCACCUAACCCAUCAUCAGACACCUUUGUGCAAGUUACUCUCAGCCUCAGCUUCCUUGCAGAUAAACUAGGAAGACUUGUCCUGACCCUCUACUUCUUAGGGUGUAAAAUGAAGUCUUACUGAAGAAGUGUGGAAGGUAGGAAAAGCUAAUGUUCCAUUAUCCCCGAAAUAAUUGAGAAGAGGUUUGGGUUUUUUCCGUUUUGCAUUUAUUCUUACCUACUGCACACUGUCUCCUUCCUACCCUAGCUCUCCUGUGUCUACCCUCGACCCUCAGAAGGCUGCUGCCCUCCAGCUGUUCUCUCCUUUUCCUUCUCACUUUUGCUCCCUCUGCUCGUUUUGCAUCAGGAUCAAAAGCUGUUGUCCAUGUUGUCUUCCCUGACUCCAGGCUCAUCUGGCUGCUCUUCCCACUUGCCUCCUGGUAACCCACAUCACUCUCUGAGGAAGCAACAAGGAAAACUUAAAGCAAAACGAAGUCAACUGCAAGAAGGGUCAUAAUCCAAGAAAGAGGUUUGGGGCAGAUGGGAAAUUGCAAAUUGAGCCCCCUUUUCGGUGUGUGGGGUGUAGUGGUUUUGCCUUACCGAGAAGGCAUGGAUUCCAAAUAAUCCCCAAAGGCAGACAAUACUGAAAUAACUUAUUGUGGGAUAUGUUAGGAAAGGGAUCCUGGAGUCAAUUCAAAGAACCACAAAAUGUUGGUCCUGAAAGGAGUCUUUAAAAAAAAAGUAUAGUCAAGUGGUUUCUAAAACAGGCAAAUCACAAGAACCUAAUUACCCAGAGAGCGCUUUCUUAAACUAAUACAUAAGUGAUAAACAAAGGCAAAGCACAACUGUAAGUCUUCCUCCCAUUCCAGGCCCCACUCCCAUUUCCCAAAAAUAACCCCCAUCAACUCUUUCUUGUACAUCCUUCCAAAACUGUUAUAUACAAGUACAUCUAUAGCCAAGAAACAAAAACAACAAAACAACUGGGAACCACUCUCUUAACACCCUAUUCUCUUCUGUAUCUUGCGUUUUCAAAUGUAACCAAAUAUCUGCAGUUUUAUAGUCAGGAUUCUUUGGUUUUAAGCAUCAGAAACCAGUCUGCUUGGUUAACCAGCAUAAAGGAGUUUUAUAGGAAGGAUAAAAAUUAAAGGGAAGAUUGAAGAACGUAAAGGCUUGAGAGGGACUUCCCUGGUGGUCCAGUGGGUAAGAGUCCAAGCUCCCAAUGCAGGGUACCCGGGUUUGAUCCCUGGUUGGGGAACUAGAUCCUGCAUGCAUGCUGCAACUAAAGAUCCCACAUGCCACAACAAAGAUCCUGCGUGCCACAUCUAAGACCCAGCACAGCCUAAAUAAAUAAAUA